AUGGAACGGGGGAGAGGAGGAGGAGGCGGCGGCGGAGGAAGGACCCUGGGCGGCUCGGGCCUGCACCGGAGCGUUUACGCGCAGCCCCAGCAGCAGUACCACUACGCCGCCUCGUCGCCGGGGGGCUGCAUGGAGAUCCAGGAGCUGGCCUCCAAGCGGGUGGACAUCCAGAAGAAGCGCUUUUACCUGGACGUGAAGCAGAGCUCCCGCGGGCGCUUCCUGAAGAUCGCCGAGGUGUGGAUCGGACGCGGCCGGCAAGACAACAUCAGGAAGAGCAAGCUGACGCUGUCGCUGUCGGUGGCCGCCGAGCUCAAGGAGUGUCUGGGCGACUUCAUCGAGCACUACGCGCACCUGGGCCUCAGGGGCGGCCACGGGCAGCGGCAGGAGGCCGGCGAGGCCAAGGAGCCGGCGCCGCGGAGGCGGCCGCAGCCCCAGCCGCCGCCGCCGCCGUCGCCGCCGGGCUCGCUGGGCUCCGAGGAGCCGCCGCACAGCGUCCUCAAGACGGAGUACAUCGAGCGGGACAACAGGAAGUACUACCUGGACCUCAAGGAGAACCAGCGGGGCCGCUUCUUGCGCAUCCGGCAGACCGUGAGCCGAGGGCCCGGCAUGAUCGGCUACUUCGGGCACAGCCUGGGGCAGGAGCAGACUAUCGUGCUGCCGGCGCAAGGCAUGAUCGAGUUCAGGGAUGCUUUGGUGCAGCUCAUCGAAGAGUACGGCGACGGGGACAUGGAGGAGCGCCGCGGCGGCGGCGACGAGCCCGCCGAGCUGCCCGAAGGCACCUCCUUCCGCGUGGACAACAAGCGGUUCUACUUCGAUGUGGGAUCCAACAGGUAUGGCAUUUUUCUGAAGGUAAGUGAGGUGAGGCCGCCGUACCGUAACACCAUCACGGUGCCCUACAAGGCGUGGACCAGGUUUGGGGAGAAUUUUAUCAAGUACGAAGAAGAGAUGAGGAGGAUUUACAACAGCCAUAAAGAAAAGAGGAUGGAUGUCAGAGGGGACAGUGGCGAAGAGCAAGAGGGUCUCGAAUAGAGUGCAUUGAACUGGCCAUCUGGCAAAAUUUAAAAAAGUGAAAUAAUAAAAGGGGAAAAAAAAGCAGAAAUUGGUGAGAGGGACUGAUCUAAAGUAAUU